AUGCGUCGAGCUCCGAAGCGGCGACGCUACACGCUUGAUGAAGGCCUUCAGUCCCAAAGGGAGGAACAGGAGCGUGCGCGUGCAGAGGUUCCCGAGGAUGAGGAAGAGGAUGCUUCCUCAUCCUCCUCCAGCUGCUCCUCCUCUUUUCCCUCCUCUUUUUCCUCCUCCACCUCUUGCUCCUCUUGCUCCUCCUCCUCCUCUUCCUCCUCCUCUUGCUAUCCUCUGGUUUCGAGCAACCCAAGCACUCCGGAGGAGGCUGUUGGUGAGACCUUGAGUCCUCCCCAGACCCCUCCAAGUGCCUGCUCUUCCUCCAGUGUCGUUACCUCCACUCCACUUAGCAGCCAAGAAGAGGCAGGUCCCAGCAACGAGCAGGCUGUGCCACCUGUUGAGCCCUCUCGCAGAUAUAUUAUUGAUGACAGGGUUGGUGAUCUGGUGGGGUUCCUGCUCCUGAAGUAUCGCACAAAGGAGCUGACCACAAAGGCAGAAAUGCUCGGUAGGAUUGUGGAAGAGUACCAUAACCUCUUCCCUGUGAUAUUCGGUGAAGCCUCUGAGUGCAUGCAGCUGGUCUUUGGCAUUAAUGUGAUAGAAGUGGACCCCAAUGACCACUCUUACGCCUUAAUCACCAACCUGGACCUCACCUAUGAUGGGAUAGUGGAUGAUGAGCACAGCCUGCCCAAGACUGGCAUUCUGAUACUUAUUCUGUGCAUAAUCUUCAUGGAGGGCAACCGUGUCUCUGAAGAGGAGAUCUGGGAAAAGCUUAGUUUCAUGGGGGUGCACGAUGGGAGGGAGCAUUGCAUCUAUGGGGAGCCCAGGGAGCUCCUCACCAAAAUUUGGGUGCAGGAACAAUAUUUGGAGUAUAGGCAGGUGCCCAACAGCUCUCCUCCUCGCUAUGAGUUCCUCUGGGGUCCCAGGGUCCAUAUUGAAACCAGCAAGAUGAAAGUCUUAGAGUUUUUGGCCAAGAUCAACGACACUGAACCCAGAUCCUUCCCACUCUGGUAUGAAGAGGCUUUGAGAGAUGAGGAAGAGAGAUCCCAGGCCAGAAUGCUACCAUAG